CUUUACGUCUCAAGAAGCUGAAAAAGGAAGAAAGAAAACCAGAGAGAGCUAGAGAGAUUUUCGGAUCAGAAAAACAAGAACUGAGAAGGGUUAAAACGAGAUGGGGUCUGGAUCUUUUCUCAAGGUGUUGGCUCAAAACUUCGAUGUUCUUGCGGGGCCUUUGGUUGCUCUGGUUUAUCCCCUGUAUGCUUCAGUUAAGGCAAUAGAGAGUAAAUCUGUUGUUGACGAUAAGCAAUGGCUAACAUAUUGGGUUUUGUACUCCCUGAUAACCCUCUUUGAGCUUACAUUUGCAAAAGUCAUUGAAUGGUUUCCUAUCUGGCCUUAUGCCAAGCUGGUAGCUACUUGCUGGUUGGUCUUGCCUUACUUCAGUGGCGCUGCAUAUGUUUAUGAACAUUUUAUUAGGCCAUGCAUUGUGAAUGCGCAAACCAUUAAUAUCUGGUAUGUCCCGCGAAAGAAGGACAUCUUCAGCAAGCCAGAUGACAUUCUAACUGCUGCAGAAAAAUACAUUGCAGAAAAUGGGCCCGAAGCAUUUGAGAAUCUCAUCAGCAAGACUAGUAGGGAAACGAAGUCAAGAAGGAGUAACAAUUACAUGAUCUUUGAUGAAUAUGAUGAUAGCUAUAUUGCCCAUGAGUCUAUUGACCAUUUUCACCAACCGUACCAUCAGUCGUAGACAAGCAAUCAUCGAGCCUUCUCCCAACUGUUUGCGUUUGCAUACUCUCUGCUGGUGAUACCAACAUUUCAAGAAUUAGCAUAUCCAUGUGAGUCUUAAUGCAGUUGUUUCUUUUUCUUUUCUUUUUUUCUUUUUUUCUGUUUUCCUGGGGGUUUGCUUUCCUUCCCAUUGAUGUUGCCUUUGUGGUCAUUGUCUCCAUGUGUAUUAAUUUGUCCGUCUACAAUUAAUAUUGCAUUUAGGCACUUGUAAUAUAUUAUAUCUUCCUUCUACUAUAAAUGCAUUGAUAGUUUGUGGAAA